AAACGGUGGCUGGUGUAUGCACGAUGAAGCAACUUGUCAUUACAUAGAUAUGAUUGACCAAACGACCCUGGGACAUCGCUCAAUAAAGAACCAGUUCAACAAAACUCCUCGUGCUGGAUGGCAGAUCGAUCCAUUUGGGCACUCUGCAGUGCAAGCUUAUCUACUUGGGGCUGAGCUCGGCUUCGACUCUGUACAUUUUGCACGCAUUGAUUAUCAGGAUAGGGCAAAGCGCAAGAAAGAUAAAUCUCUCGAAGUUGUCUGGCAGGGUUCCAAAACUUUUGGUUCGUCAUCUCAGAUAUUUGCGAACACAUUUCCUGUCCAUUAUAGUCCGCCAAAUGGUUUUCACUUUGAAGUGGAUGAUGACUUUGUUCCUGUCCAGGAUAAUCCUCUUCUCUUUGACUAUAAUGUUGAGACACGAGUCAAUGAUUUUAUUGAUGCUGCAUUAACUCAAGCAAAUGUGACGCUGACAAAUCAUAUUAUGUGGACAAUGGGUGAUGACUUCCAGUACCAAUAUGCUGAGUCUUGGUUUAAACAAAUGGAUAAAUUAAUUCAUUAUGUUAACAAGGAUGGACGAGUGAAUGCAUUGUAUUCUACACCAUCUAUCUACACAGAUGCAAAACAUGCCGAAAAUGAAUCCUGGCUGCUGAAAAUUGAUGACUAUUUCCCAUAUGCAGACAGUGCAAAUGCAUAUUGGACCGGUUUCUUUACUAGUCGCCCAGCCUUGAAGCGAUAUGUGCGUAUGCUCAGUGGAUAUUAUUUGGCAACACGCCAACUUGAAUUCCUUGUUGGAAGAAGAUCUACUGGUCCCAACACUUUUAGUUUAGCAGACGCCUUAGGAAUUGCACAGCACCAUGAUGCUGUCACUGGUACAGCUAAACAGCAUACAACAAAUGACUACGCAAAACGCUUGGCGAUUGGAGCGUCCGAGGCAGAAGGUAUUGCAAGUUCAGCUUUGUCAUGCCUGGUUAACUCAACAAAAAGUGACCAAUGUCCGACAUCCACAUCGACAUUUAGCCAGUGUCAAUUAUUGAAUAUAAGUUUCUGCCCACCAACUGAGGAAGACAUUCCUGAAGGAAAGAGUUUGGUGGUUGUGGCUUACAAUCCUCUUGGAUGGAACCGUACUGAUAUCAUUAAGAUUCCUGUUGAUGAUGCUAAUCUUGUUGUCCAAGAUUCCAUGGGAAAUGUGAUUGAGGCACAAUAUAUUGCAUUGGAUAAUGUUACGAUCAACUUAAGAAACUUCUAUACAAAGGCCUAUUUGGGAAUGUCACCUAAUCAAGUUCCGAAGUAUUGGCUUUUCUUUGAAGUACUUGUCCCGCCUCUUGGAUGGAAUACCUACUUUGUUUCUAAAAUGGCUGGAAAUGGAAAAACCAGAAGAGGGUAUAUCUCUGUGGUGGACCUUCCUCAGAAUGAGACUGUUGAAGUUGGACCAGGAAACUUGAAGAUGUCCUUUUUGUUAACAUCUGGGCAACUUAAACGCAUGUCCAAUCCUAAAACAGGGGUUGAUCUUCCCAUACAGCAAAGCUAUCUCUGGUAUGGUUCUAGCAGUGGAGAUGUGGAUCCCCAGUCUUCUGGCGCAUACAUUUUCCGCCCUAAUGGUGCACCUCCUGUUAUUGUUUCAAGAUCGGUCCCCUUAAAGAUCGUGCGUGGUCCUUUAGUUGACGAAGUUCACCAGCAAUUUAGCUCAUGGAUCUAUCAGAUGGAGAAUUGUGACUGGAACACUGCUUGUGAUCCUGUUGGUCUGGAAAAUUCAUUUACAGUAAGAACCCAUUUCCAGUAAGAGUUUUGAUUCAUUGAUGUCUUAUAAUUACUUCUAUGUUUUUUGGUAUAUGGUAAAGAUCUCCGCUUUUGAAUCAGUUCUGGUUGCACCAAGCAAGGAUGUAGCUUUUGAAGCUUUGAUUUCUGUUCUUAUUUUUGGGUCAACUGGUGUUACUAAUUUAUUUAGCUGAGCCUGUAAUUUUAUUUAAGUUGUUUAGAUUUGGUAUUUUACUAUUUUUCCUAGUUGAUUGAUUUUGCAAUUAUUUUGGUCCUCCUGUAAAU